ACAACGAAGAAAUAGUUUGACAAGUCCGGUGAGAAAUAAGUUAGCUUAGCUAACCUAACCUAGCUAGUGAUCCCGUUUUGGACAUCCCACUCACCUAUUGAGGAUUUGGAUUUAGAAUUUAAUUUAAAGUGAACCGCUAUUUCUGUUAGUUAUUUUUUGGUUAGUUAUAUGCUUAGUAGUUGCCACUGAAACAAAUGUCUCUGUGGAAACUAGCUAGCUAGCUAGCUCAUUCCUCUGUGGACACUGGAAGAUUAAGUGUAGGUAGCGUACUUGGUUAGCUGCGUGAUUGAUGAUUGUCUUGAUGUGGUUGAUCAAAGACACUUAAAGGUCUUCUUUGACUGAGCUGUCUGUUCUAGACUUCUGAUGUUUUCCAGUGCUCACUGCUUCAUACGUUGCUCCACUCUUACAUUCACCACCUUUAGACAGUCAUCUCAUUUCAUGUCACACAUGGAUCCAGGCGUUGCCAGGCCCGUUGAGGGUACCAUCCGGACCAAGCUGACCCAGGCGCUCCAGCCGGACCACCUUGAGGUGCUGAACGAGAGCCACAUGCACGCUGUUCCUCCAGGCUCCGAGUCCCAUUUCCGGGUGCUUGUGGUGAGCACUCACUUCGAGGGGCUGCCCUUGCUGCAGCGCCACCGUCUGGUGAACGAGGCCCUGCGUGAGGAGCUGAGCUCCCGCAUUCACGCCCUCGCCAUCCAGGCUAAGACACCUGAGCAGUGGCGCAGCGACCCCACCCUGGCCAAGAGCCCACAGUGCCGCGGGGGCUCCAAACAUGACAGCACUGUAGUGGAGAAGCUCAAGCCUGAACUGGAAUGAUCCUGGGGAACGUCCUUCCAAAGAGUGGCUUUUAAAGUGAUAAUUAAUUAAAGUGCCCAUGUUUGAUGCUAAUGGAUUAAAGCUAUAAUUAUGGGUUUCCAUGUAAGCUCUAGGUUUUAGUAGCAUUUUGGGAGAUCUACUGCUUCAACGGGAAAUCCCAGGUGUUACAGAUUCUCGUUUAGAGACAACCAGCCUCUGUGAUCUGUAUAUUGAUUAACAAUAUCACUGUUUCAGGUCCUGGUUGAUGAUGCACAUUACACUUGUGGAGUUUUCUGUUGUCUGCCGGUUUUGCAGAUCUGAUUUAAUAUUAUUUUGUUGGCUUUCAAUAAAGUAAUAUAUUCCUGUGCUCUAUUAA